GCAAAAAGGUUCAUGCAGGGAAGUUAGAGGGCAGCUUCAUAUCACUUCAGUUAAAAGCAGCUCAGCUCAAACUGAACAUUGGGCUAAACUGCCUUAAUAACGUCACUGCAUCGCUGUUUCCAGGAACGUUUUAUAAUUGCCUACAAACACAGAGCUGUCAAUCAUAAAAACAGAGCCUAGUUUCCAUUUUCUGUUUUCCUCUUUGUUUAAUUUCAAAGGAUUUUAGUAAGGUCUUUGUUUUUAAAAGUCUCCUGCUUUGAAUCUGCCUUUUGAGCGACUGCUUUCACCCUGAUUCAAACAGCUUCAGUAAUAAAACAACACAUGGCUGAGCUGUGACCACGCAGGGUGAGAAAUAAAUGUCAACACGCCAAAUGAAUUUAGCUCCUGACUUUCUAAUUUAAAGCGCGGGGUCAGUGCUGGGCGCAACUGCAGGGUCGCGACCUUUGGCUGCACUGUAGCUUUAUGACGAUGAGGGAACUCCUGAGCCCAGAUUGGCUGAACAGGCUCAGAAACCAACGGCCACCGGCGGAGAUAUCACACACCUGCCGGCCUCCGUCUCUCACGACGGGCUCACUGGGGAUCAGCACGUUUAAAUGGAGCCCCUCCCAUGUGUCACGCUAACAAAGGUGAGCAAGGCUGAGAAAUGCUGGAAGGACAGAGUUGGGAUAAACAUUCGAUUCAAGCAGGGGAAAGACAGAAAAUAAACCAAAGGGAAAUCAGACUGACCUAAAGAAACAAAGUUCAAGUGAAACAUGGUUGUGAGCAGCUGGAGGUUAGUACUUACUGUACUAACAGACUAACAGACAUGUCCUGGGACUGUAAGAGCGCCAUUAUCAGACUGUGACUCAGCUCCGUCGGCCGCUCUGAGGCUCUGAGGGUCUCUGAGGCUCUGAGGGUCUGAGGGUCUUUGAGGGUCUUUGAGGGUCUGAGGCUCUGAGGCUCUGAGGGUCUGAGGCUCUGAGGGUCUCUGAGGCUCUGAGGGUCUGAGGGUCUCUGAGGGUCUUUGAGGGUCUGAGGCUCUGAGGCUCUGAGGCUCCGAAGUCUCUGGAAGCUGGAGGCUGAACCGCUGCUCAACAGACCUGCGGGCGUUAGAGAGGAGCGUCGCUGAGUGUGGAUUCCUGCUGCUGGUUGAACGUUUCCUGUGCGUCUUUGGGACAUAGUUGAUGCGUCUCUAAAGAACAUGUCACUGACAGACCCACGCAUCCUCACAGGACGGAACUCGAGGCUCAUUCCUACUUGACGACCACUGGUUAUGAAAAUCUGCACUCUGAGUCUGAACUGGUUGGGGGUAAGAUGUAUGUGGAGCCAGUUGUCCGGUGGGCGGCGUGGAUCCUCCUGCUCCAGUUUGGACUGGGAGCGUCUGCAGGAAGCUGUCCUCCGCGCUGUGUGUGUCGACCCGACUCCAAAGAAGUGAUCUGCUCUGGAAAACACCUGAACUCGGUGCCGGACGGCUUUGCCAGCGACGCCAAGCGUUUAGACUUAUCCCACAAUAAGAUUAAAAGUGUGGGGCGCCGCCAGUUUGCAGGCCUCCAGCAGCUCCAAGAGCUGGACCUCAGUGAUAACGUCAUCUCCAUGAUGGAGGUGGAGGCCUUCCAAGGAUUACAGAACCUCCGGACACUUUGCAUUAAAAACAAUCGUCUGAAGAUCAUUCCCGUUGGGGUGUUCUCCGGCCUCUCCAGUCUGCGCCUUCUGGAUCUGAGCCAGAACGAGAUCCUGGUUUUCCUGGACUACACCUUCAAAGAGAUGGUGAACCUGCAAACCCUGGAGGCCGGGGAGAACGAUUUGGUGUUCAUUUCACAGCGAGCGUUCUUUGGGCUGCAGAAUCUGCAGGAGCUCAACUUGGAGCGCAGCAACCUGACAUCCAUGCCCACCGAGGCCCUGUCCCAGCUCCAGAGCCUGACCCGGCUCCAGAUACUCCGCCUCACCAUCUCAUCCCUCCCCAACAACGCGUUCCGCAGGCUCCAUCGCCUGCGCAGCCUCCUGAUCGCUCACUGGCCAUCACUGGACACCGUGGCCAGCAACAGCCUGAUCGGUCUUAAUUUGACCUCACUUGUUAUUAGCAACUGCAACCUGAGUGUGAUUCCGUACUCAGCGCUUCGCCACCUUGUGUAUCUGCGCUUCCUGGACCUGUCCUACAACCCCAUCACAGUUAUCCAGGGUAAUCUGCUAGGAGACCUCCUCAGACUCCAAGAGUUGCACCUGGCAGGGGGGAACCUGCUGCGAAUAGAGCCGGGGGCCUUCAGGGGCCUGGCAUACUUCCGCAUGCUCAACGUGACGUCCAAUCAGCUCACUACUCUGGAGGAGAGCGUCUUCCACUCUGUGGGGAACCUUCAGGUUCUGCGGUUGGACGGGAAUCCCCUGGCAUGCGACUGUCGACUCCUGUGGGUCGUCCGCCGCAGGCUGCGUUUGAACUUUGAUGGACACCAGCCGACCUGCUCGUCACCGGACGCCGUGAGGCAGCGAGAAUUCAGAGACUUCACUGAGAAGGAGCUGCCGAGGCUUUUCACCUGCCGCCCGGCUCGGAUCAUGGACCGCCGACCUCAGGAGGCCCGGGUGGAAGAGGGCACCAACGUUCUCUUCUCCUGUAAGGCUGAUGGGGAUCCCUUUCCCUCCAUCACGUGGAUCUCGUCCCAUAAAAAUGUGGUUUCUCCAACAGGACGGAUCAGGGUUCUGUCCAAUGGUACUCUGGAAGUACGCUACGCCCAAGUUCAGGACAGCGGCACGUAUCAGUGCCUGGCAGGAAAUGCAGCCGGCAAUGACAGCCUGACGGUCGGGCUGUACGUGAAGGGGCUCCCUCGGAACCGAACCAUCCCCUUCUUCUCGGAGGAGGGCUGGGUGGAGCCUUCAAACACCCAAGCUGCCAACUCCUCGGCUCAGGUGGCCAAGCCCUACCCGUUCGAUGCCAAGACUCUGAUCAUCGCCACCACCAUGGGCUUCCUGUCCUUCCUCAGCUCAGUGGCCAUUUGCUUUGUCUUCAUGUUCUUCUGGAGUCAGAGCAAAGGCCAGAUCAAGCACACAGCAACAAUUGACUUUGUUCCGCGUUCUUCCAUGGGCGGCGGAGGGGGAGACGGGGCCGAAGGUGGCAGGUUCACCAUGAAACUGAUUUAGAGGUGAGAGAGGCCCUCGCAUGGAGCGUGGCCCUCUCUCUGGGACGGUCAAGGACGGAGCCUUGAUUUAACGACCCCUUGAGAAGCCAAAUUAGUGCCGGUUUGUUGGACGUGUGCGAGGUCUCGUCUAAUUUUAGAGCUGAAAGUUCCAUCUCAGCAGCCACUUGACUGUUAUCUAACUAAUGAAUAUCCCAUGAUCCUGGAUUUGAAAAGACUCACGGUUGCUGUGCGUUUGUUUUGAACGACUUAUACUCUGUUAGACAUUUACUCAGCUCAUAUUUCACAUUUGAUGCAUGUAAUUAGGAAAUGACUUUCAUUUUCACACACGUUUGCUUCACAGUGAGAGCUGACGUCUACCUGUCUAAACAUAUCAGGUGCUUAUUAAUCCACAUUUCUCAGCUUCACGUCAUCGCCGGCUAAAGCUCACCGUGUCCACGCUGCUGGUUCUGCUCACUCACUGAUCAGCAGACAUCAGAACAUAGGAAGCUGUUAAUAGACACUGACGCCUCACCUUAAUUAGUCUUUGUAGAAUGUUUGAGGUUUGUUGCGCUGGAGCUGUGUUUUCUGUUUUCCGGAUAGAGCUUAAGUUAAAUGAUGUAAAGGGAAAACACCCUCAUGUACAUAGGAAUGUAGCCAAAUGUCCCGUUUCAAACAAGUCUGUCAGGUCCAGCUGGGAUCACGCUUUUAUUUUGUACUUUUAUUCGAUGACAUUUGUUUCAUCAGACAGUGGAAGCUUUAUUUCUUCUUUUUAUAUUCAAGACUUUUUUUAUUUUGUACCCACACAAACACUGAAUAAAUGUGCCUCAGUAACAUUGUCACCGUGGACAGAGACAAUGCUCACCUGAUCAACAGCAUCUUGUGAACAUGUAGGUCGGGGCAGGGCUUCACUGGUUUCAUCUGCUUUGGGGCUCAGUGUGACUCAGAUAUGCUACUAGUGUAAAAGCUAACUAUGUGCAGCACUGACAGGCUUGUGGGCUCUUUUUUAUUUUCACGUCAUUAAACGCUUGUAUUGAAA